AUGGGCAAGAUAUUUUUCUACAUUUGUGAUUACACCGGAAGUACAGAACAAUGUCACAUUCAAAGGAAUACCAUUCGGAUACGUUGGCAAAAUCGGUCCGAAAACAUCCGGUGCAUUACAACCGAUCCGAACCAGUUAGUAGAUUUGUUGCUCAAUUUACGAUUCUUUCCUCGGUUUCGGCUUAAAGUGGCGAAUGCAUUGUGGAGCUGGGAACCAUCCAAUACGCUCAUGUUAACACUUAUGCCUCCCGCCCAAGAGCACUUAGAUUAUCACUGGGGUGAGCGUGCGGUACGCAUGGUGUGGGAAUUGAUUGAACUUACCGAACUGAUGGCAUGGCUUUCAACGCUCGGUGGUGCCUUUUCCGCCCUCGGCAAUUACCAACCGGCCUGCGCAGAUACGGCGGGUAAAAUAUCGCUGCACCAGAUGAAACUAGCCUUCCGGCUGGGUGAUCCGUCACUCGUCGCCCGGUGUGAGCUGUAUCUCGCCAUAUCGUUUAUCCAAAGGGCCGAAUUUGCGGUCGCCAAACAGAUUAUUCAGCGGGUGUAUCGGAACGAACGGAAGCAAGCUACACCGGAAACGCGCCUGCUGAAGAUGUGCCAGGGUAUAUGGUCAAAGUUGCGGUACGAGUACGAUGUCCAUCGAAGCAAUGUUUUGCGCAACAUGGCGUGA